AUGUGGGGGUCAGUGUUGACUCGGACUUAUGUGUUAACGGCGGCACGUUGUGUCACAGGUGCUAGUGAAGGCGUGGCUGUGUUUGGGGCACACCACUUCAACGCCGAAGAUUCGGCAAUGCAAAUUGCUAACUUUUCUGCCAGUGGCGUUAUUGUUCAUCUGGAGUACAACCCGGAUAAUCUACUAAACGAUAUGGCCACCAUAAGAUUGAACAAUGCCAUCACAUACACUAAACGCGUUCGUUCUAUUCGGCUGCCAGCUCCGGGGGAUCAACGUUCAUUUGCUGGAUUGGAUGGAACCAUUGCCGGGUUUGGAGCGACAGAAAACCAAGAUCCAUCCGAAUUGUUACGCUAUAUGAGCGAGUCGAUUUUAACUUCUGCUACAUGCGUGGAGCAGUGGGAAAACAGUUACAUUUCCGAACAGCACAUUUGCCUUUCCGGUAAUAACAGCCGGUCCGUGUGCAAUAAUGAUAUCGGGGGGCCACUAACGAUAACCGAAAAUGGCGAAGCACUGCAAGUGGGGAUUGCAUUCUUCGCUGGCCCAAACUGCACGGGCCGGCCCUCUGUGUAUGCCCGUUUCACUCACUUUCUACCCUGGAUCAAGGCAAAUUCCGAUUACGGGUCAGGAGGAAUCCGCUCGGCUGUAUUAAACUCCAUGUUUUUUCUUUUGUUUUCGUGUUUCGUUGUUUCACUUAAAUAA